AUGGAUAAUCAACCGUUGAACAACAAACCUUCACCAGUGCCCGAGUCACUAAGGAAAUAUGACAGCAUCCCAGGGGCUACACCAAGGGAAAAGCUCAGAAAUGCCCACGCGCAGUUACGCGCCAGUGCCAAUGCUGGGCCUUUCCGGACUGUCAGCGCAAGCGCGACUCCAUCUUCUGCAGGAGACAUUGAGCCUGCCCCUCCAGCGUCCAUUCCCGAGGCGGCAUUACCAUUGAGCGUGCGUGUUGACAAAGAACCUGUUCCGCACGAUGCAUCGGUUGAAGUUCACCAACCACCUGCCGAUACUACUGUGUCUCCCCCAUUACUCUACGCGGAGCAGCCUGAUGUCCAGACGAUUCAACCAAGCGCUCUGACCUUUGAUCAAACUGAAAGCUACCCUCCUGGUUCGCUUCGGUUGGGGCCUUCGGAGUUUGCCAUAACCAUGCCAAUGGAUUCCAGGGUUAAGGAUCAUUACGAAAGGGCCCUCGCUCAGCAGAUGCGCACGAUUCAACGAUUUCUUUCGGGCUUCACUGAUGCUGAGGAUCAGAUCAUAUCGGCAAUCCGUGGACUGAUCGAGAGGCUCGAUCACAUUACACUCCAUCCAGAUUUGACCAUGGCCGAACACAUCAAAGACUCAGAGCCCGACCCCCAAAAAGAAGCUGCAUGGGCUGAAUAUUCAAGCUCGAAAUUCCAGUUUCUAGGCCACUUUAUUGAAGUGGCGACAACGCAUGACCUCCAUAUUGUAGUCAUGGCGAAGAAAGGGAAAGCUGUCGAGUUUGUUGAGCGAUAUUUCCUGGGGAAGGGGUUUAUAUACACUCGUCCACGCCAUGAAAUGCGUGGCAAUGUUGAAGUUUCAAUGACGAACGGAUCCUUAAGUGUCGCCAUCCGGUCAACACAACAUGACGGUGUGCUAGAGACGUAUAAGCCGCCUUCGGCAAUCAUUGCUCUCGAUUCAUCUUUCAACGCAGCCAACCCUUCUGUGGAGCACCUACGGACAACUUACGCUCGGAAUGGAAAUCUACUGCCCGUCAUUCUGUUGAUUGUGUCCAAUACUAGUGAACAUAUCCAGCGUUGUUUACCUGACGUCUCUGAGCUUCAAAAACUGCGGCUACUUGUUCACUGCGUCACAAGUCUCAGCCGUGCCGUUGGGGAUCUUCAAGACGAUGCAUUAGGUGUUCAUGAAGACGCAGAGGAGGUUUUAUCUUAUCUUUUGUCUGAUAACUUCAACUUGAGCUGGGCUCUCCCUGCUAUUGAACCACUUAAUAUGCCCAAUUCCGAGGAGACAGCUGGGUCUGGAGCAGUCGGAUCGACUUAUGAGCAUCUAUCCGCAGGCAUGACCCCUCUCCAAAAACGCGUACUUGACACCACAGAGGAUGACGCUCCUGAUUCCAAGAGACAACGUCUCACAUCGUCACAAUCACAAUCGCAAGAACAGAGCCAGUUCACAGACUCUAGCAAACCUCCAAGCCAGAGACUGGAUACAGACUUGAAGGCUCUUGAAAAUAGUCUUCUCCGAAUGAAGAGUGAACAUGCGAAUGAGCUCAACCAGCUUAAGACGACCUUGUCCAACGUCGAGGCUCGAUUAGUGGAGCGGGAAAAGAUGUUGGAGUCCCUGCAGCAUCGAUAUGAAAGUCGCACGAGAGAACUCCACCAGAUGCGCAAGGAACGUGACAAUCUAGCGGACAAGCUAUCAAAGGCAGAGCAGAGGAUAGAAAGACAGCAGGACGAGAUCACGAAGCUCAAAGACGAGCGCACCCAGCUGAAACACGACCUAGAGGCCGCCAGAAACGAUCUGAAAGCGGAGGGUGGCCGUCUCGAAGAGCUAGAAGCUGCGCGUGAGGAGGUCCGCAGGCUGACAAAGGAAAACGCAAGUCUCGAAAGAAAGGCAGAGUACGAGAGGAAGCAAGCCGAGUAUACACGUGAGCAGUACCAGAAUGCUUCGACAGCGGCUGCGCAAUCCGCGAUGGAGAUUCGGCAGCUUAAAGACGAGAAUCAGCAGCUGAAGCGCAAAAUCGCGGCCGAAGCAGUGCAGUUGAGGCAGGUGAAGACGAAGAAUGACGAAAUGAGACACCUUCAGCGGGUCAGGGAAUUAGAGCUGAUGGUGGCGUCGCGCGACGAGUUGCUGCGCCGGAAGGAGGAUGAACUGCGCGAGCUCAAGCGGAAUCGACCCGCGACACGAUCUACGAGUACGCAGCCUCGCAGCCCCAAAUGGGGUCCCGGCAACAGCCGUCCGACAAGCCCUGGUAUCACCAGCAACAACAGCAGCAACAACAACAGCAGCAACAACAACAACAACAGCAGCAGCAACAAUGGCCGGGGCAGCGCACUUCGGUUCAGCUCAGAGAUGUCCACGUUAUGA